CACGUCAACCCACCUGCCACUCUGGCCCGCCAAUUGCGAUGCUUCUCGACCGAGGCACCUCCGCAAAUUUCCUUCUGACCACCUCGCCGCCGCCAUUCACCUUAGCAUCUCCAUCUGACGUAUCUCACACCCGCAUCGCAACUUCCCACUACCCGUAUACCGAGAACCCGAAAUCGCACAGUCGAGCCAGGACAGUGCAGAAAGAUGUCGGCCUGGGUCUGGAUAGUAGGCGCCGGUGCCACUGCUUUCUUCGGUCGCGCAGCACUCGUGGCAUUAAGGAGAUCAGGCGGUGGAGCCGGAGCACUAGGACGCGGAUACUACAAAGGCGGUUUUGAGCCCAAGAUGACACGGAGGGAAGCCGCGCUCAUAUUAGAGAUGCCCGAACGCGGCAUCACGAAAGAACUGUUACGGAAGAAGCACCGAUCGCUCAUGCUUCUGAACCAUCCCGAUCGCGGCGGUAGCCCCUACCUUGCGACCAAGGUCAACGAAGCGAAAGAACUUCUCGAGAAGGAGGUUAAGGGUUGAAUUGAUGGGCAAGAGGUGGACGAUGUGUAUACCAAGACUCUGUACUAUAUCACGGCAUGAUUCUCAGCAUCAGCAUGGCGUUGGACUGAAUACGAUUAGCGAUUUACGACUCUCAAUAUGGUCCCCUCCAUUCAUGUUGUAUGAGGUUGGCGAUGCCAACUUCCCUAACAGUGUUAGC